GCGAGUUCGAUAUGGCGGAAUGGAAACACACUCCGUCGGCUCCGUCUUCAGCCAGCAUGACCUCGCUGGCUCGAGCGCUUUCUCGUAGCAAGCUCAGUCAGCCCGAUGCGUUUCAGCUGCAGAAGUCUGUGAGCCGGAGCGCCGCGGGUCAGAGUCGCCGGAGGUUCUCGAGCAGCUCGGAGUCUCCUGAUAUCAGCCCAAAUGUCGAGGCGAGGGUCCUGGUCAUAAACACCGGCGGAACCAUUGGAAUGACGUAUCAUAAUAAUGUUCUGUCCCCAGAACCUAAUGCUCUCGUUGAAACUCUACGCAAACUCCCCAUUCUGCACGAUGAACAGUACGCACAACAGACCAGACUGUAUGAAUACUACAAGCCUCCGGAGAACACACUGGUGCUGCCGAAGACCACUCAUUCAGCUGAUCCUCUAUUUCAUGGACUGUCCAAACAGAAUAAGAGGAUUGUAUAUAGAGUCUUAGAGUACUCCCCCCUCCUCGACUCCUGCAAUAUGACCACAGAUGACUGGGCCACUAUUGGAAAAGACAUUGAGAAACACUACGAGCAAUAUGAUGGUUUUGUCAUUCUCCACGGCACAGACACAAUGGCUUACACCGCCUCUGCCUUAUCCUUCAUGUGUGAGAAUCUAGGAAAGCCUGUCAUCCUCACUGGCUCACAGGUGCCCAUCUAUGAGAUGAGGAAUGAUGGGAGGGACAACCUUUUGGGGGCGCUAUUGAUAGCAGGACAGUUUGUCAUCCCAGAGGUUUGCCUGUAUUUUCAUCAUAAGCUGUACAGGGGCAACCGUGUCACCAAAGUGGACGCUGCAAGUUUUAAUGCGUUUACCUCACCAAACCUGCCACCAUUAGCCAAUGCUGAAGUCGACAUUAAAAUUAACUGGGAUACUGUGUGGAGAGCCAAUACAACCGCCAAGUUCACUGUCAACACACAAAUGAACCGUAAUGUGGGUCUCCUGCGACUCUUCCCAGGAAUCACUGCUGAUACAGUCAGGGCCUUCUUGCAGCCUCCUAUGGACGGGAUCGUAUUGGAGACGUACGGCAGCGGUAACGCCCCUGACAACCGCGCUGACCUGCUGGAUGAGAUCCGUAAAGCUACCGAGAGAGGACUCAUCAUGAUCAACUGCACCCAGUGCCUCAGGGGCUCGGUCACAACCUCAUACGCCACUGGCCAGGCUCUGAGUGAUGCCGGUUUGGUCGCUGGGUGUGAUAUGACCCCAGAAGCUGCUCUUUCAAAACUCUCCUAUGUGCUGGCAAAACAAAACCUCAGUAUAGAAGAGAAGAAAAAGAUGCUGAGUCGCAAUCUGCGUGGUGAGAUGAUAGCUGACCUGGGUGGAGCAAAGCUUUCUCUCAGCGACAGUCGCUUUAUUCAGGUCAUCGCUAAGUCCCUCAGCAUUAGUUGUAAAGAGGAGCUUGAAGCUAUACGAGAUGCACUGACGCCCACUCUGGUCUGUGUUGCUGCUAAGAUUGGAGACAUUGAGGCUUUAGAGGCCAUAAGGGAAAUGGGCACUGACUUGAGCAAUGCAGAUUAUGAUGGCCGCACUCCCCUUCACAUCGCUGCGUGUGAGGGCCAUCUGAAAGUGGUGGAGUAUCUGCUGGGUAAAGGGGCCACCGUCUAUGCCAGGGAUCGCUUCGGUGAUACACCUCUUCGCAAUGCUGUUCGCUUCAGGCAUAAGGAUGUUGUGAGGCUACUGAGGAAGACUGGAGCUCACUUUUCCCGGGAAGAAAUGGAGGAUGCUGGAACGGAGUUGUGCAGUCUUGCGGCGAGUGGCGACUUGGAAGGUUUGGAGAUAUGGCAGUUAGCUGGGGUUGAUAUGACCAUGUGUAGUUAUGAUGGACAGACGCCCAUUGAAGUGGCAAGUGCCACUGGAUGUGAGGAGGUUGUUGAGUUUUUAAAGCAGGCUACUUCAUACCAAACUCAGCAUCAGACAGAUGAGGGUAAUGAGCCAGUAUUUGAGGAGGAUGAGGAAGGAGAAUGGCGAGUGUAUUGAGUUUACCGCUUGUCCAAGAUCCUGAGGAGGCCGUCCUGCUUGCUGUCACUUCUUGCCAUUAUCGUCCAUCCAGUUUUUAGCAGACCUAAUGAAGAUUUUCCUUACUUGGACAAACAUCCUCUUAAAACAUAAAGAGCACAAGCCAACCCUUUUAAGCCCAUCCCUCUAAUACAGUAAGCAAUCAGUUAUGAAUGUAUCAUGAUGAUGAACAAUCAUAAAACAAGCAUACAUACUAUUUAUGUACAAGCACAUUAUUCAGACUACAGUACAGGGUACUGUAACUGCUGAUGUCAAACAAUAUGAUGCGCCCUCAUUUGAAUAAGAUAUAUUUAUUGUUUAGAUUUAGAAUGAAUUUAGAUAUUUGGAGCUGUCAGGACUAAUGGCUGUUAUGUGUUCAUCCGGUGUUCUUCAUGUAUUCACGUGUAUCAGAUUCAGUAUGUCAUUCAGUCUCCUAAAUGAGAAUGUUGUAAACGUAGUGAAGAGUAAGAAUGGUUUUACACACUGUAAUAGAGAAGCAAACCAAAUAAAGUUUGAUGGUUCAAGCGUUAUACAUGUAAAACUAAAACAACCAGUUGCCCUGUAAGUGACUAUCAAAAACAAUGUGUAUGUAAUCCAAAAUGAAGUGGAACAUUUGUACUCGUUAUGAAUUUUGUUUUAAUUUGUAUUUUAUUUCACCUCAGAAAAGGUUUCAAUC